UGAAAACACGCCUUCACACAACACGCCAUCAAAAGGAUCGGAAGCAGCUGCAGCUGCAUCAAGCAAGGAUCUUUCGGUUGUAUUCUCGCAUCGGAGUCGAUGCUUUCACGGAACCCGUUAGAUUUUUUGCACUUUCCCACUCUUUUCGUCGUUGCCUCAACAUUGUGUUGUCACUACAAAACAGUCCCUACUGGAAAAUAAAAGCAGUCUUAGCAUUCUCACAAUAACUUUUUUGAGCAACGAUGAUGUCUAAAAUCCUACUUUUUUCUGCCCUGUUGGCAUCCCAAACAAAUGCUUUUGUUGUGGCUCCACAGCACUCGAGCCGACCUUUAUUGAUUCGAGGAGAAACCCGCCAAAAUGCUGCCACAGAAGUGUCCCAAGAUACCCCAGCUACUUUGCCAGCGUUUGAAAACAAGGAGGCCUAUAUGGAGUACAUGGAGGGUGUGUCUGCACUUCCCAAGGGCUUUGCAACAGGCACUGCCAAGGGUACUUUUAUCUCUGUGGAAGCUCCCGCAAUGGGUGCCCUGCCCAUUAAGGGAACCGUUAUUCACCUGACAGAAGAAGCAACAGAGAAUUGGGCUGCUGUUUUUACCAGCAAUAAAUUUCCUGGAGCACCUGUGAUUGUUGGUCGCCAACGUCUGGCAGAUGGUGGUCCCCUUCACGCGUUGGUCAUUAAUAACAAGGUGUCAAAUGUUUGCUCGGGUGGCGAUGGUGUUGGGGAUUCUGAAAUGGUUUGUAAAGCUGUGGCAGAUGCCCUUCAAUUGGAGGGUGGUGCCAAGACUGUGUUACCAUCAAGCACUGGAGUCAUUGGUUGGAGAUUGCCUGCUGAAGCCUUGUCCAAUGAAGUCGUUCCAGCUGCCGUUAAAAAUAUGGAUUCUGUGUCUGGAUUGGAUGCUGCUGCAGCCAUUAUGACCACAGACCGAUGGCCCAAGUUGCGCAGUAAAACUUUGUCCAAUGGCGCCCGCCUUGUUGGAAUUGCCAAGGGCGCUGGAAUGAUUGAACCCAACAUGGCCACUAUGCUGUCCUAUCUCAUGACAGAUGCCACCAUUCCGAAGGCAAAAAUGCAGGCCAUGUUGAGCAAAGUCACCAACCAGUCCUACAAUUCCAUUAGCGUUGACGGUGAUGAAUCUACCAGUGAUACUGUUGUCAUGGUUGGAUCAAACCAGGUGGACAACACAGAUGAAGCAGAAUUUGAAGCAGCAUUGUUGGAAAUCUGUCAAGGACUGGCAGCUGACAUUGUGCGCAAUGGAGAAGGAACAGGACAUGUCAUGCGCGUUGAGAUUUCCAACUUUCCAGGAUCUGAAUUGGAAGCCCGUCGCCUGGGCAGACACAUUGUCAAUUCCCCCCUCUUUAAAUGUGCCGUGUCAGGCAAUGACCCCAACACUGGCCGUUUGGCUGGUGCUAUUGGAUCCUUCAUGGGCAAGUACAAGACAGAUGGUGCUGUGGACAAGAUGACUCUGACAUUGGGUGGUCGUGUCAUCUUUGACAAUGGAAAGUUUGUGCUGGAAGGAGAUUCAGUUGAGAAGGAAUUGAGCGACCACAUGGCUGAUGCCCAGUACAAUGAACAUUCUGAUUACCCUCCACACCAAAAGUGUGUCGAAAUUGGGGUCGAUUUUGGAGCUGGAACUGGUGAUGCCUCUGCCACAGUCUUGGGCAGCGACUUGACUGGUGAGUAUGUGGUUGUCAAUGCAGACUACAGGAGUUAGAAAAAAAGUAAGCGUAACGUCUAGCUAGCUCGAUGUUUUAGAGAUCAGACCUCCACUGCAU